GGAAGCUUGCAGCCGGGGACCAGUCCCAGGUGAGCGUUGACGUCAUUCACGGCUCCCCCCGCCUCCCCCCUAAAGGCUUCAUAUCCCCCCCGCUGCCGCGCGGAGCGCCGUGAAGUGCUCCGCGCGCGUCAUGAACGGAGCCGAGCUCAGCGAGCUCCCGGACGAGUCGGAGCAGCUGCGGGCGUUCGUGUCCCGCCUGAGGCAGGCAGCGGAUGAGGCCGGCGGGGGCCCCGCCGGACCCCCCCUCUCAGAUGGCUUCCUCCUCAAGUUCCUGCGCGCCAGAGAUUUUGACGUGGAGCUGUCCCUGAAGCUCCUGCUGAACUACCUACGAUGGCGGAGGGACAGUCCUGAGAUCAGCAGCUGCCUGUCUCCCUCGUCCGUGCUCGGCCUCCUCCACAUGUCCUACCACGCCGUCCUCCCCCAGCGGGACCACGCCGGCAGCAGGGUGCUCAUCUACAGGAUCGGUCAAUGGAACACGAAAGACUGGUCUCCUUAUCAGGUGUUCCGGGUCAGCCUGAUGACAUCUGAGAUCAUCUCCAUGGAGACAGAAACACAGAGGCGGGGCUUGAAGGCAAUAUUUGACCUGCAGGGGUGGAGCUUAGGACACGCCCUUCAAAUUAACCCAUCCCUUGCGAAAAAGAUUUCCUGUGUUUUGUCGGACUCGUUUCCACUGAAAGUUCGGGGAAUUCAUCUGGUCAAUGAGCCCAGGUUCUUCCGGCCAGUCUUUGCGAUGAUCCGCCCCUUCCUGCCCGAAAAGAUCAAGCAGAGGUGUCUCCUGCUGCAGAUCCACAUGCAUGGCGCUGACUUCCACAGCGACUUGAGGCACUUCUUUCAUCCACACGUCCUGCCUCCAGAGUACGGAGGACACGGACCGGGAAUAGACGAGGCUUGUCAGGACUGGACCAACCAGCUGCUCCACUUUGAGCACAUCCUGUCACAGAUCGCUGCACACCCAACAGGUGACAUUUGCUCAUGUCCAGAUGAACCCUUGAUCAGAAAGGAGGUCCAUUCUGAAUGAACCCCUCUGCAAAACGAGCCUUCAUGGUGACGGGGAAACUUUCCCUGUCUGCUGGAGCUGCAGGCCGUCUCUCCAUGUCGGCUUUAUGUCAGAGCAGCAUGACUGACACAAAAAAGCUGCUCCCUCCUGCUUAUUUCAAAUCGGACCGAAGGAUAAGGAUGGAUUCGCUAAAAGUACGGAAGCCCCUUUAGAUUUUUCCAGGGAGUAACCGUGUUCCUGGAGGCUCCCUGCUGAUGUUCAGCCUGAGCUCCACCACAAAGCGGUGCUGGAAGGACAGCUUCUAUCUUCACCACAGUUACACAUAUCCAUGAACAGUCCACAGCUGAACGCUGGAACACCGCAAGGCCCUCCAAACCUUUGAGGAAGGUUUGACACCUUCAUGAAAGGGAUGAACGCCAAGAAGCAAUGUGUGUUUCUGUGUUUGUUCAGCUCACAACUGAUGAGCGAUGAAAGAAACAUCACAGCAAACAUGAAUCAUUAGGAUUCUAAUUAUUCAAAAAAGUAAAUACUGCAAGAGCCUAACUCAGUUUAUUUCCAAAAAGCCUGAAAAAGAAUAAGAAUUGUCACUAAAAACUCAUGGAGAGGAGAAGGCCGUGUCACACAGCCACUACGUACAUUUUGUGUGUAAUGGAUGAUGUUGGUCAUACGUGAAUAUACGUGGAAAAAGUGAGAAAAGUUUUGGUCUUCACGUAAAAUUUUCACAGAUGUAUUACAAAUGAACCACAUCAAAACCAUGAAAGAAGUACGAAUAAACCACGGACAGAACAAUCAACCUAAAAGUCAAAUCUGGCGGAAAAUGUGUGUGUCAGUUACGUAAUUUUAAGAUAUGUACGCCGAAUUUACGUUCUAAAAGUUAUACUUUGGUGACACAUGAAAAGUCUGUUAGACUAUUUGUGGAAAGCCACAAAUUCGUGUAUGCCUCUCAAAGAAAUCUGGCAUAAUUGCGUAAGAUUUACAUAAUAAUUGCAUAUAAACUACAUAAAAUACUCAUAAACUGCGUCAUUUUCAACCGACCGAAAAUUUUAAAACAGCUUAAAACCAAAUUCACGUAAAGACCCGUCGGCCGAAACCCUUGAGGGUCAUCUGUACACAUCCACCAACGACGAACGCAAGAACUACUAUUGAGUCACGGAAAUCACACACGAAUCAGGAAAGACCGAAAGUUCAUACGUGGAAAAUGUACGUAGAGGCUGUGUGACACGGCCUUGAAGCAGCGUGUUAGGAACUCCUGCUCCUCUGUCGUAAAGCUUCUGCUUGAGGUGUUUCUCCUUAAAGUUAGGAGAAAAUGAGUGAACAGGGAGGUUUGCAGUGUUCAGAGUUUCUCUACUUCCGUUCAGCUUCAGUUCAAUGAUGCAAAAGUCAUUCGGCUUCAUGCUCCGUUCCUCUGACAGUCCAGAUGCUGCAGCAGCGCCCUCAAACACCCAGCGGCCUGAAGAGCCUCGCCGCUCAUCUCACUGGAACAGAGGCCACCAUUCUGCAAGUGUGCACAUGCUCAGUCUGACCCAACCCUCAAGCACAGGAGCAGCUGGUGCUACAGGAACUUUGGCAGAGAUGAGACCAACUAUUUAAAAGGAAAACAAAACUGUAAUCUGACUGGAUACAGGCUGAAGGGACCAAAACCGGAGCUGUUCCCAAAAAUGUGACAUUAUCCUGUUCCUAAAAACAUGUGCAAACCUCACAUGGUCUUAUCCUAAAGCCUUAGCCCAAGAAGUCUGGAGGAUUUCACAAAAAAGACGGCUGGAGGAGGUAACCUGCAUGGAAAAGUAUCAGUGCUGUUUGAAAUUGAAGCUUCACCUCAUCCAGGGAAAGGUGGUGUCGGCCAUUUAUGUGCAGAAGUAAACAUUUAUUCAUGUUCAAGCUUUUAUUGUCAAAUGUCCGUGGUGUGUGACUUUACAGCCCUCAGUGAAUGCCAGCAAAGAAGGAGAAAAAGCAGAAGAUAUUACGGUAAAAAUCAAAUGAUGCAAACUAUACAGUAUAGAAUAUUAACUAUGCAGUAAUAAACAGGACAGCUGUAGUUCCUGAAGAAGAACAUUCAGGUUCAUGCACAUGCUGGUGCAGUUCACCUAGCUUUGAACAGCUGCUGAGGAACAUCUGGAUGCAGAAAGUAGAAGAAGGAUUCACAUGAACCCACCUCCACCUGCUGAAAAUGAGACACGUGCAGCUGUUUUUCCACUUCGUCCGUUUGAAAGGUUUCAUGAUGAUUCUAUGAUGGCUAACGUGGAGUUUCAGAAGGUAAACUGUAAUUAAACCAGCAGAAAUUGAAAAAGUAUUACUCACUGGUAAUAAAAAGUAGUUAUCCAGCCUUGAUAAUGAUAAUGAAAUUACAUUUAGUAAUUUUACUGGCUGAAUUUAACCAAAAUAAAUCUAAAUUUUCAGGAAUAAUUUUUCUGUUUCACAGUAAAUGCUUUUUUCUGGUAAAAAUGUUUGGUGCAAAAAGAGAAUGAAAAAAGUCCACUGAUGAGUAAACUCAUUGUAGCUCAGGAGGAACAGUUGGUCUUCAUCACCAAACUAAGACAUUCAUGCGAGGAAGCUCUGGGUUCUGAUCCAGACCGUCACCUUCAUAUAGAAUAUGCAGAUCAGAUUCACAGCCUUUCUCUCCUCAGACUCUAAACUAGAUCAGUACACGAAUGUUUCCUCUUAUUAUCAACAUGAACUUGUUGUUUAUGGAUUAUAACAGUCUGUGCAGCUUCAAGUCUUCAUCAGGGUCAGAAGUGACUAGUAGCUAGUUACUUUGAAAAAAGUAACUUUGUGAAUAAACUGUUCUGCAGUGUUCUCCAUGCACCACACUCAAGUACAACUGUAAAGAACAAAUGAAUGUUUUUGUCACAUCAGUGAGCAGAAAAACUGUGACAGUCUUUUUUUUAUUCCUGUCCGUCUUUGAUUUUUUGUUGAGAGUAAAAUUUGCCAAAAAAGUACUCCUUCUUGGGUACGAGCCUCCUAAAGCCUCUUCUGUUUCCAAACUGAACUUCAACUGUGACUUUCAGAGAAAUGAAUUCUAACAAAUAUUUGAUGUCUUUUAUAUUUGUGUAUUUUCUGUACAAUAAACCACUGAUUCAUCCAGAA